GCAGUUUGGCAACCGCGCAAUUGGGAAAUGCAGUAUUAUUGUUUUUUGUAACCGUCUGUCAAAUGACAAUAACAGCAGCCUUCGAAAAAGCAAUCGUUACAUUAUUUGAGCUUAAUUUGUUUUAGUAUUAUUUUCUGCGAACUGACAUAUUGGUAAAAUGUAUAUAAUGUUACAUGAUCAAACGGCGAACUCGAUUCCCAUUUGUCGACUGUGCGGUGUACAAUGUCUGGAUAUAUCUUACCUUGACAUAUUUGGAGAUGCUGAGCGAUAUUUGGCUUUCGCCAUUCAAAAAUAUCUUGAAAUUGAAGUUUCUGACAAAGAAACAUAUUCAAAAAAUGUUUGUCAUAAUUGUAGUGGGAGGGUUGAGGAGUGGAGCGUGUUUUACCAUAAGUGCCACGAGGUUCAGUCCCUGUUUAAAGACCCACCUCUAAUACUGGAGGAAUCCAGGACUGUUCCAGUAGAAGAACCAAUUGUUUUGCAGAAUGAAACUAUUUCGAACCAUCUCACCAAGUUGGUGGAAGAAUAUGUACAAGAUGAUUCAAUUGUUACAGAAAAAAUUCCACCUGCAGCAGUCCUUGAGGAGGCCAUGGAUGCAACAGGAAUCAAGCCUGAAGACAGCGCAGAGACCAAUCAAGAUGAUGCAGACUCUGUUGAAGGAGAAGAUGAUCAAUUGUCUGUAACUGAAGAUGAAUUUGAAGAAGAGUUGAACUCGGAAAGUGAUGAGCACUCAGAUGACUCGAAUGAAGAAAAAAAGAAACAAACACCAAGGCACAAAAAGUUCAUGUUUAACAUCCCUUUCCUGGAGACCAAAGUUGGAAGACAAUUUACCCCUGCAGAGAAAGUUAAACUUCAAAAGCACAUCAGUAAAAGACAAAACACCCUGAUAUAUGAAAUGCUGAUUGGUGGUGGGCCCGGCCAGUUAUGGGAAUGCCAAGUUUGCCAAAAAGCCAUCAAGGGCCGAGCUUGCGAGGUGACCAAACAUUACCUUAAAAUGCAUCAAGUGCAACCUAUCUUCCCUUGUCACGCUUGUGAUUACACCAGCAGAACGGAGAAGAUGUAUCAGGCUCACCGCAUGAGUCACCUCGUCGAGUAUCCGUGUGAGCACUGCGGAAAGGUUUUCAGUCAGCAUUCACGACUUGUCUACCACAUGAAUUCGCACACGAACGAGCGCGAAUUUGAGUGCGACAUUUGCCAGAAAAAGUUUAACACUGCCCAGUACGUAAACACCCAUAAACGUAAAGUCCACGGAGACCAGGAGAAGCUCCUAAAGUACACCUGCGAGUUAUGUGGUAUGCGUUUUAAGUAUAAGAAUCAUCUGCAGUACCACCAGAAGAGACACCCCACGGACGAGAAUCCGUUGCCUUACAGUUGCAAGUAUUGCGAAGAACAUUUUAUGACACGGGCCGAGCAGCUGGCGCAUAGUAACACGGUUCACGCCGGCGAAGGUGAUUUUGUCUGCCAUCUUUGCGGGAAGAAGAUGAAGACGAUCCUGUCGUUGGAGAACCACGUCAAACUCCACAGCGGACUCAAGGAAUUCAAGUGUGAAGCCUGUGGCUCCGCCUUUGCCACCAACCACAGUCUCAAGUGUCACAAGAAGAUACACGAGAGAGGGCCGGACAACAGUUUGCAGUACGUUUGCCACGUUUGCCAGAAGCCCAUGAGCAAUAAAAGCUCACUCAACCAGCAUUUGAAGACCCACCAGAGCACGAAACCGCACCAGUGUCAGCACUGCAGCGCCUCGUUCAUCCACAAGAAUCGACUGGAGAUUCACAUGCGAAAGCACACGGGCGAGUUCCCUCACACCUGCGUGGAUUGUGGCAAGGGAUUCCGCAGCACGAGCAGCAUGAACAGUCACCGGCAGUAUGUCCACAGCGAGCGCAAGUUUGCCUGCGAAAUCUGCCAGAAAGCUUUCAAGACGCCCAGGGAUCUUAAGGUUCAUUCAACAUUGCACACGGGCGAGAAGCCCAACAUUUGCCCGAUUUGCGGCAAGGCCUUCCGGGUGCGAGCCAAUUACUUUAAACACAGGAAGAUCCACUUGCGAGCCAACAACUCUAAUCAGCCAGACGCUCAGGCAGAGACGGCGGGUGAGAAUCCGGCGGAGGAACCGGAAGACGAAGAGGAAGAAGAGGAGGAAAGAGGCGGUCAAGCCGAAGGCGAUCCCGGUGAAAUGCCGGUGGAAGAAGCCGUCGCCCAUCAUCACAGUCUCGUUCCGGCUGUGGUGGCCAGCACAACCGGAGAUUUCUUCCAGUUCGCCAACGAACAACAGUGGAUCACCUAAUAGUUUGGCUGUAGCCGAUUCUGUCCCCAUAUCCAACCCAUCUUCAGCACUUUAUACACACAAAUUUUUAUCUA